AUGUCUACCACGACCACCCUCAGUCAAGUCAUUUCCACUGCAGCGCCCUCGUCAGAAACUCAAUGGCGGGGCAAACUGCGAUUCAUUCCGCCGGGCCAAACACCGACCCCGUCGCCUCACAACUUUCACCUCCCCGCCAUGGCAGAGUUCGGCGAUGUACGGCUCCAAGGACUAAUAGACAUGCGACCUGUGCCCACCAUUGCUGAGCUGGGAAAUGCAAAAGAAGGAACAGCGCAACUCGCCACCCAUGGCUUCACGGCCAUCCGGCACCCGACCACGAUGAAUUCCCCACCGUACAGCCUUACAAGCUGGAAAGAUCCCAAGCUCCUCAAGCAACUGUAUGUCCCCGAGACAGAGGAAAUGGUCAAGCAACUCACUGGGGCCAAAACGGUCAUCACCGAGGCCCUUCUCCUCCGCAGCGCUAUUUGGUCCGAAGCAGAUGCUCUGGCGACGCACGCAGGGCAUGGCGAGGAAGCAGGGGGUGAGGUCAAGCCGGCCGGGAAGAGCCAGGAGGCGAAGGAGCUCGAACUCGGGUUCCCGCAAUUCAUUGGAUUCUCGCCCGAACAUGGCGGCGCUUCUCCGGCUCCCAAAGUCCAUCUCGACUACGCCCCCAACGGUGCGAGGACACAUCUCAGGAAGUAUCACCCUACCAUGACGGCCGUGGCGAAGCCCAUCAUCGAGGCGGAGGAGAAACUCCUUGCCGAGGGAAAGUCCCUUCGCGAAGAGUACGCGGCUUCUGGCCUCGGACCACGAUGGGCACUGUAUUCCAUCUGGCGACCCUUGAAACGUGUGCGACGGGACCCCUUGGCACUCGGCGACGCUCGGACAUUCCUCCAAAGCGAUUACGUGCCUGUUAUCGUGAAGACGCCCAACCUCGGCGUCUCGGAGGAUUCCAAGGAAACGCACGACACAGAGUCCUACCUGGCGCGAUGGUCCAGUGGGCAGAAGUGGUACUUUAUCUCGGAGCAGGAGCCCGAGGAGGUGCUGGUGAUUGGCUUGUUCGAUAGUCAGAGGGAUAAAGAGACAGUCGCUGCGGGGGGGACACUGCACAGUAGCGUGGAUCUCGAGGGGACCGAGAAUGAGGAGGCCAGGGAGAGUAUAGAGUUGAGAUGUCUCGCGAUCUGGUAG